AUACAAUGUCACAUAUAACCUGUUAACUUACCCAAAUCUCACUAGCUUAUCUGAGAGGGACCCAAUUCAUGUUUUUCUGAGCUUAAAUGGAUGGUUAAUUUCAGUGCUAAUUUUCUUAUUUAUAUCAAACUGUACCACCUUACGCUUUCUUCCAUAUAAUACACCUUGGUCUUCAGCUACCUUACCCUCACUCCCCUCAUCCCCUGCAUUUAUACAGAGCCAAUUAUUCUGUUUUCCCUCUAUACAGCUUCCUCCUCUCCUUCAAAUCAUGGCUCUCUUUCUCUUCUUCCUCCUAGCUCUUUUGGUACCUUCAAGCAAUGCUGGCUGGCCAGCAUCACCUGGCUACUGGCCAAGUUCUAAAUUCAGGUCUAUGAGCUUUUAUAAAGGGUUUAGAACCCUCUGGGGUCCUCAGCAUCAAAGCUUAGACCAAAAUGCAUUAACAAUCUGGCUUGACAGAACCACAGGAAGUGGAUUCAAGUCGGUUCGACCAUUUAGAUCCGGUUACUUUGGUUCCUCCAUUAAGCUUCAACCUGGUUAUACUGCAGGAGUUAUAACAGCUUUCUAUCUUUCAAACAGUGAAGCUCAUCCAGGGUAUCAUGAUGAAGUGGACAUCGAGUUUUUGGGGACUACAUUUGGGAAGCCCUAUACUUUACAGACCAAUGUUUACAUCAGAGGAAGUGGAGAUGGAAAAAUCAUUGGAAGAGAGAUGAAGUUUCAUUUGUGGUUUGAUCCCACCCAACAUUUUCAUCACUAUGCUAUAUUAUGGAGUCCUAAGGAGAUUAUAUUUUUGGUGGAUGAUGUGCCCAUAAGGAGGUACCAAAGAAAGAGUGCUGCAACAUUUCCCUUAAGACCAAUGUGGCUGUAUGGUUCAAUAUGGGAUGCCUCAUCUUGGGCUACUGAAGAUGGAAAAUACAAAGCAGAUUAUAGAUACCAACCCUUUGUAGCAAAGUUUACCAAUUUUAAAGCCGGUGGUUGCUCAGCCUAUUCCCCUGCCUGGUGCCACCCAGUCUCCGCCUCUCCAUUCCGGUCAGGUGGGUUGACUCGACAACAGUACCGGGUCAUGAAAUGGGUUCAAGCCAACCAUAUGGUGUAUGACUAUUGCAGGGAUUUCAAGAGGGACCAUUCCCUAACACCUGAAUGUUGGGGUUAAUCAUAUGCUUCAAGACUGAAGUUCCCCUAAUUAAAUUUCACUUCAUUCAAGUGUUUCAUCUUUUUCUUAUGUUUUACUUUAAUUUUCAAAGAAGAAAAAUUUGUGUGAAUUGCCUUGAGAUGGGUCAUCAAUCUGAGCGUCCAAGGCUUAUCCAAAAGAAGAAAAUUUGGAAUUUGGCGUGUGUUC